AUGUUUCGAAACGGAGCAACUCGACAGAGUCUUCGGACGUUAGAUUCAUUCAGUUUAGCACCAGAAGAUACACUCAAGACAGCGCUAAAGACAGUUCAAGAUUAUGAAACUCCUCCUGAUGAAUCCGAUGAAAUUGUGAAAACGCGCGAUUCUAAAGAAGAAACAGCAAAGAAAGUGUCGAUUUUCACUCUGUAUCGCUACACCACAGUGUUUGAACGAGUUUUAUUGGUGAUCGGAGCAUUCGUUGCCAUGUGCACCGGAGCAGGUCUUCCGUUGAUGUCGAUUCUUCAGGGUAGUGUCACUCAAGCAUUUAUCAAUGAACAGUACAUUUUAAUGCACAACACUACAAUUCUUCCCGGAACAAAUCAAACAUAUACAAAUCAGGAUUUUUCCAAUGACGUAAUGAAAGUUGUAUGGGGUUACGCUGGUAUGACAAUCGGAAUGUGGAUAGCUGGACAGUCUACGGUGACGUGCUUUUUGUACGUUUGCGAGAAAAUGAACAAUCGCAUGCGAAGAGAAUUCGUCAAAGCAAUUCUUCGACAAGACAUUUCUUGGUUCGAUACCAACAAUUCCGGAACAUUGGCUACCAAACUUUUUGACAAUUUGGAAAGAGUGAAAGAAGGAACUGGGGAUAAAAUUGGAAUGGGAUUUCAAUAUUUCAGUCAAUUUCUCACUGGAUUUAUUGUUGCAUUCACGCAUAGUUGGAAGCUAACACUUGUGAUGCUUGCAAUGACUCCGAUUCAAGUCAUCUGUGGCUUCGCAAUUGCAAAGUCAAUGUCGACAUUCGCAAUCUCAGAAACAAUUAAAUACGCUAAAGCGGGAAAAGUGGUCGAAGAAACCAUAUCAAAUAUUCGGACUGUAGUGUCGUUAAACGGAUUAAGACACGAAUUGGCACGAUAUGCUGCAGCUGUGAAGGAAGCUCGAAAGUCGGGAAUCCUAAAAGGAUUUUUUCUUGGAAUCUCGUUCGGUUGCAUGCAAGCAGCCAACUUUGCUUCAUUUGCGUUGGCAUUUUACAUUGGAGUUGGUUGGGUUCAUGAUGGCUCACUUACUCCGGGAGACAUGCUUACGACUUUCUCUUCUGUUAUGAUGGGUUCUAUGGCACUCGGACUUGCUGGACCGCAGCUUGCCGUUUUAGGAACAGCUCAAGGAGCUGCAUCGUCAAUUUUUGAAGUUCUUGAUAGGAAACCUGUGAUCAAUUCUGCUAGUAAAGAAGGAAAGAAAGAUAUGAAGAUCAAGGGAGAUAUUACGGUAGAAGAUGUUCAUUUCUCGUAUCCCUCACGACCGGAUGUUCCUAUUCUUCGCGGAAUGAAUAUUCGUGUGAAUGCUGGUCAAACUGUUGCUCUUGUUGGUUCAUCCGGAUGCGGAAAAUCGACCAUUAUCAGUUUACUCCUCAGAUAUUACAAUGUCUUGAAAGGAAAGAUUUCGAUUGAUGGAGUUAAUAUUGAAGACAUUAACAUUGAAUUCUUGAGAACCAAUGUUGCUGUUGUGUCGCAAGAGCCGGUUUUGUUCAAUUGCUCAAUUGAAGAAAAUAUCAGACUUGGCCGUGAAAACAUAACUCGCGAGGAAAUGGUACAAGCAUGUAGGAUGGCUAAUGCCGAAAAGUUUAUCAGGACAUUACCGAAUGGCUAUGCAACGCUUGUCGGAGAUCGCGGAACCCAAUUGUCCGGAGGUCAGAAGCAGCGCAUUGCCAUUGCGCGGGCAUUGGUUCGAAACCCGAAGAUCUUGCUUCUCGAUGAAGCUACUAGUGCUUUGGAUGCAGAAUCUGAAGGAAUUGUACAAGAAGCACUGGACAAGGCUGCAAAAGGAAGAACCACUAUCAUCAUUGCACAUCGUCUUUCAACGAUUCGCAACGCUGAUCUAAUUGUUUCGUGCAAAGAUGGAAAAGUCGUCGAGGUUGGAGACCAUCGUACACUCAUGGCUCAACAGGGAUUGUACUAUGACCUCGUGACGGCUCAAACAUUCACAGAUGCAGUUGAUAUAGGUGCUCACGCGAAAGUUUCAAGGGAAAACAGUGUUCAAAUGCCAUCCGAUCACGAAGCUUUAUCCAGACAGCUCUCUGAUAUGACCGAUGCGGCUGCUCGUUUACGAUCGUCAACAAUGGUCUCAGUUACUAAUAUAAUUUCGGAGCCUGUAGAAGAAAAGAGAAUCGGAAAGAAUGAUGUCAACCGUUUGAAAGAAGAAUUGGAAGAAACUGGUGGCCGAAAGACGAAUCUGUUUGAAAUUAUAAUGGUUGCCCGACAGCACAUCGUUUAUAUUGUUCUUGGCCUCAGUGCUGCUUGUAUUGGCGGCUUGAUCUACCCAACCUAUUCCAUAUUCUUCACAUCAUUUAUUAAUGUAUUUUCAAAAAGUCCAGACGAUUUGCUCCCGCAAGGUCACUUUUGGGCUCUCAUGUUUCUCGUGCUCGCAGGCAUUCAGGGAACUGUUGCAUUCUGCAUGACAUUCUUUAUGGGUAUUGCUUCGGAAAAUUUGACAAUGGAUUUGAGAAAUAAGCUCUUCCGAAAUGUUGUCUCUCAACAUAUGGGUUAUUUCGAUUCACCGAAUCAUGCCGCUGGAAAAAUUUGCACUCGAUUGGCAACAGAUGUGUCGAAUUUGAGAGCUAGUAUCGAUUUCCGAUUUUCAACUGUUAUCACCACCAUUAUCUCACUGGUUGCUGGAAUUUCCCUGGCAUUCUACUACGGAUGGCAGAUGGCUUUACUAAUUGUCGGCCUUCUGCCUAUUGUUGGAUUUGGACAAUAUUUGCGUGGUCGUCGUUUCGCCGGUAAAAAUGUGAAAUCUGCCGCCGAAUUCGCAGAUUCUGGAAAAAUCGCCAUCGAGGCUAUCGAAAACGUGCGAACUGUUCAAGCGUUGGCCAAAGAAGACCGAUUCCACGAGAAGUUCUGUCAAAAGCUUGACAAUCCCCAUAAAGAAGCAAUCAAAGAAGCACUGAUUCAAGGGCUUUCGUAUGGCGCCGCUUGCUGUGUGCUGUACUUAUUGAAUACAUGCUCCUACCGAAUGGGUAUGGCGCUUGUUCUCACAUCUCCGCCUACAAUGCUCCCGAUGCGAGUCCUUCGAGUCAUGUACGCAAUCACAAUUUCAACAUCAACUCUUGGAUUUGCUUCUGCUUAUUUCCCGGAAUACGCGAAAGCAACAAUGGCCGGAGGAAUCAUUUUUUCAAUGCUCGGUGAAAAAUCUGAAAUUGAUAAUUUGUCAACUAGUGGAGAAAAGAAGAAAAUUACUGGCAACGUCAUAUUCAAAAAUGUGCGUUUUGCGUAUCCUGAAAGGAAAGAAGUUGAAAUCCUCAAAGGUCUUUCGUUUUCCGUGAAACCCGGACAAACACUGGCACUCGUCGGACCAUCGGGAUGCGGAAAGAGUACAGUUGUGGCUCUUCUUGAACGAUUCUACGACCCCCUAUCUGGAGAAAUUUAUUUGGAUGGAUCUGAGAUUAGAACAUUGAAUCCGGAAUUUACUCGCUCACAAAUCGCGAUUGUUUCUCAAGAGCCGACACUUUUCGAUUGUUCGAUUGCCGAAAAUAUUGCAUAUGGAUUGGAAUCUGGCCAAGUGAACCUCAAAGAUGUUGAAGAAGCAGCGAAACUCGCGAACAUCCACAAUUUUAUAGUAUCUUUGCCACAAGGAUACGAAACAAGAGUAGGAGAUCGCGGAACCCAAUUGUCCGGAGGUCAGAAGCAGCGCAUUGCCAUUGCCCGUGCAUUGGUUCGAAACCCGAAGAUCUUGCUUCUCGAUGAAGCUACUAGUGCUUUGGAUACCGAAUCUGAGAAGAUCGUGCAAGAAGCUCUUGAUCGUGCAAGAGAAGGAAGAACUUGCAUCGUGAUUGCCCAUCGUCUCAACACUGUUAUGAGCGCCGAUUCGAUUGCUGUUGUAAGCAAUGGAACCAUAAUCGAGCAAGGUAACCAUCAAGAACUGAUGUCUCAGAAAGGAACAUACUACAAGCUUACGCAAAAACAGAUGAGUAACAAGAAAUAA